CUGAACUUUUGAUCGAAAAGGCGACAAGCCGCCAUUUUGUUUAUUUUCGAGUGGUCCUACGACACAGCGAGUGACGUUCAUUUAAUAUUGUCCGUAUUUUGUCGUAUAGUGCGAAAGUGACUUUUCUGACAGAUAUAUGGUUCCAGUGUUUCCCCUGGAAACAGGGGGUGUAGAUAUCAGCAGACAUUGGGCGUUUCCUUAGUAAACACGUCAAAGUGACCGUGUCAGGCAAAAACUCUCUCGCUCCCGGAAAAGACAGAGACAGUGCGGUCACAGUCAACCUCAAGAAGUUAAAAUCUUUGGGCCACAAUCCUGUUGUUGCCAUCAUGAAUCACGUACACAACAAGCCUGCUGUUAACAAUGAAGUUGAAGACAUGGAGACUCAAGACAGUGACACAGGUGAUGGUGAAACACAAGUUUCUGGCGAUCCCUUCAAGAAUGAUGACUCUGGUGGUGGAGACAUAAUGGAUGACAGCCCCAUGCCUUUCGGAGAAAAUCAAGACACUAACGUAAUCCAGGAUGUUGAAAUGGAGGAUGAUGAUUCUCGGUCCGAGUUGAGGUUCCAGUAUGUUUUGAAGAACUUCAGCAAGCUUAAGUCGCAGACCUUGUCCCCACCUCACUUUGUGAGAAAUUUACCAUGGAAGAUUAUGGUGAUGCCCCGCUACAAUCAGAGUCUAGAGAGGCCUCCCAGCCGGAGCCUUGGCUUCUUCCUGCAGUGCAAUGGUGACUCUGAAUCACCAUCUUGGAGCUGCUAUGCAAGUGCGGAGCUAAGACUUUUGCCCCAGAAAGAUGGAGUGGAGCCAUUUGCUAGAAAAAUCCAGCAUCUAUUCUACACCAAGGAAAACGAUUGGGGGUUCAGCCAUUUCAUGACUUGGGAAGACAUUCUGGAUCCUGAAAAAGGCUAUAUUAAAGAUGAUUCCAUUAUUUUGGAAGUCCAUGUGCAAGCGGAUGCACCUCAUGGUGUAAGUUGGGAUUCCAAAAAACACACUGGUUAUGUAGGUCUGAAAAAUCAAGGUGCAACGUGUUACAUGAAUUCGCUGCUGCAAACAUUGUUUUUCACCAACCAGCUCAGGAAGGCUGUGUAUAAAAUGCCAACUGAGAGUGACGACUCAUCCAAAAGUGUGGCUCUGGCACUUCAAAGAGUGUUCCAUGAGUUGCAAUUUUUGGAUAAACCUGUUGGAACUAAAAAGUUGACCAAAUCUUUCGGUUGGGAAACCCUCGAUUCAUUCAUGCAGCACGAUGUACAGGAAUUUCUUAGAGUGUUGCUUGACAAAUUAGAGAGCAAAAUGAAAGGUACCUGUGUUGAAGGAACUGUUCCUAAGCUCUUUGAAGGCAAGAUGAUCUCUUUCAUCAAAUGCAAGAAUGUUUCCUACACUUCUAGUAGGCAGGAAACUUUCUAUGAUAUUCAACUUAACAUUAAAGGAAAGAGAAACAUUGAGGAAUCAUUUCAAGACUAUAUUCGCACUGAAUCCUUGGAUGGUGACAAUCGGUAUGAUGCUGGUGAGCAUGGCCUUCAAGAUGCUGAGAAGGGUGUUAUAUUUGCCUCAUUCCCUCCUGUGCUGCACCUUCACCUUAUGAGGUUUCAGUAUGACCCCAUCACUGACAGCUCAGUGAAGUUUAACGACAGGUUUGAAUUUUAUGAGAAGAUAAACUUAGAUAAAUAUCUUCAACAAUCUGAAACUACCAGUGCUGAAUACAUCCUUCAUGCUGUGUUGGUGCAUAGUGGAGACAAUCACGGAGGACACUAUGUUGUGUUUAUCAAUCCCAGAGGUGAUGGCAAGUGGUGUAAGUUUGAUGAUGAUGUGGUGUCACGCUGUUCAAAGCAAGAAGCAGUAGACCACAAUUUUGGAGGCCAUGAUGAAGAUAUGAACAUGACUGUAAAGCAUUGCACAAAUGCUUACAUGCUUGUUUACAUACGGAGUUCAGAGCUCCAUAAUGUUCUCCAGGAAGUCACAGAGGGAGACAUCCCUGAUGAGCUGGUCGAGCGCCUACAAGAAGAGAAGCGCCUGGAGCAAGUCCGCAGGAAGGAGAGAAACGAAGCUCACCUGUACAUGAACAUCAAUGUUCUUUUAGAGGACAAUUUUGAAGGACAUCAGGGCAAUGACCUCUAUGAUUCCGACAGAGCUCAUUCUUACUACAGACAACUUAGAAUGAAGAAAACUGCAUCACUGCAAGAUUUAAUGGAGCAGCUAGCAUUCUCUAUGAAAUAUCCCAUUGAACAGAUCCGGCCCUGGCCAUUCCAACUGCGCUCCAAUCAAACUUUCAGGCCAUUUAUGGCUGAUAUUGAAGGAGAUGCUCACAAGACACUGGCUGAAUUGGCAGAGAACCAAAAUCCAUGGAACAUUUUUGUUGAAGUCGUGAAUCCAGAUUCUGGAUUGACUUCCUUGCCUGCAUUUGACAAAGAUGCUGAUGUGUUAUUAUUCUUCAAACUCUAUGAUCCUAAGAUGAAACAAAUUUAUUAUUGUGGUCAUCAUUACAUGCCUGUUGCUUCCAAAGUUUCGGAUUUAUUGCCGCUCCUAAACCAGCGUGCUGGUUUUCCUCCAGAUACAGAAUUGGCCCUGUAUGAGGAAAUUAAACCCAACAUGGUAGAACGUAUUGAAAAUCUUAAUGAGUCACUUGAAAAGGUUCUAGAAGAACUAAUGGAUGGUGACAUCAUUGUCUUUCAAAAAGAGACUGAUAAUAACUAUGAUUUACCAACCUGCCAACAUUACUUCAAGGAUUUGUUCCACAGAGUUGAAGUGACAUUCUGUGAUAAGACAAUUCCCAGUGACAAUGGCUUUACUCUCAAGUUGUCACAGCGAAUGAAUUAUGAUCAGUUGACCAAAGCAGUUGCCGAAAGGCUUGGUUGUGAUCCAUAUCAGCUACAAAUGUUUAAAACUCAAAACUACAAAGAUAGUCCAGGCCCACCUUUACGUUGUAAUUUUGAAGGAACUCUGAAGGACCUUCUUAAUUACAACAAACCCAAAGGUCCCAGGAAGGUUUUCUAUGAGGUUUUGAGUAUCAAAGUCAGUGAACUGGAAAAUAAAAGACCAUUCAAGGUUCUGUGGAUCAACCCAAAGCUUAAGGAGGAGGAGCAUACACUAUAUCCUAACAAAAACGGAACUGUUGCUGAUUUAUUUGAAGAAAUCAGGAAGCAAGUGGAACUUUCUCCUGAAGGCUCUGGCAAACUGAGAAUCGCUGAAAUAAACUGCUGCAAGAUUCUCCCUGGCCCUAAAGAAGAUACUCCAAUAGAGACUCUGUCAACAAGUGGCAAUACUCAUAAGGCUUUCAGGAUAGAGGAAAUACCUAAAGAUGAACUAGCCCUCUCAGAAGACGAAAUUCUGGUACCUGUGGCUCACUUUCACAAAGUUAUCUACACAACAUUUGGUAUUCCGUUCCUCGUUAAAGUUAAAAAUGGGGAACCCUUCACCAAGGUGAAAGAAAGAUUAAUGAAGAAACUUGGUGGACAGGAGAAAGAGUUUGAAAAGAUUAAGUUUGCUGUGGUUAUGAAAAACAAGGAGGUCAUAUUCAUUGAUGAGAAUGAAUACAUGAUGAACAUAGAAGAUUUCUCCUCUCAAGGAGUUUCGUGUGGGUCUUGGAUAGGUUUGGAACACGUAAAUAAGGCUUCCAGACGCUCCCGUUUCAACUACCUUGAGAAAGCCAUCAAGAUUUACAAUUGAGGGUCACUUGAGACUGGAGAGGCUACUGCAUCAGUUGGUCAACAAGGCUCGUCCACGCAGUCAGCUGUCUUUACACAUCUGAAGAGCAACCGCUCUAUCAAGACUGAAGAUAAAUCAAGUUCAUUAGCCUUUUGUGUGACUGGUUUUAUUGACAAGCGUAUUAAUUUGGUCUUAGUUUUGAGUGCACUCACAAGCAAAGUAAGGAGCAAAGCGUUUUUUUAUUAUUGCUCUGCAUGUCUAUCAAAACUUCUGUUUAGUUUGGAAAUGCUAACUUUUCCAUUCUUUUUGAGAGUAGAAGUUUGUGUUGGUCAAAAUAGUAUGAGAUGUGUGUGCAGGAUAAUGAAUUGAGCUGUCUUUUCCACUCCUGAAAAUUAGUGAGCUGUGUUUUGGGCAUUAGGACCUCACACUUGUCAAAGGAUCAGUCAAUUUGUGCGCUGUGUCUUGCAGAUUUUCUUCAGUGUAAAAGAAAAUCGCCUUUGUCAGUGUGCACUUUCUUAAUGUACAGCAGGCUAUUCAAAUGGUCUGUUCCCCCAUUAUACUCAAAAACUAUUUUUACAUUUUGCUUUCCUGAAACUAAUUUUGCUUUUGCAUCUUGUCCAGAAACUAAUGUUUUGAGUAUUUAAUCUUCUUUGCCACCCAUAUGUUGGUGUAGGUUCAUAAUGCAUUUUACUGUCUUAAUUUUAAAUGAACUUUUUGUCAGAACCUUGUUACCAAUGGCGUAGUUAAUGAUCGGACUUGAGUUCAAGGAUGAUGUACAAAUCUGUACAAUUGUUGUCAGAGGCCUAUUAAUAUCUGUGUUUGUACAUUAUGUACUCUUGAAAUGAUUUAAUUUAUUUGAAAGCAUGUUGUUUUGAAGGCAGUCUCCUUAAUUUAUAUUGUCGUUAUAUACUGAACUAUUGGAAAACAUGAAACAUCUUAGGAAAUUAAAUUUUAUGGAAUUUACAAAUGGUCUUUCUUGGAAGUACAUUAACUUCUGUACACUUUUUCAAAACUUUAGUUUCAAAAACCUGUGCAUGAGUGGUUGUUGGUUAAGAAAUUGUUCACAUAUGCAGUCAACUUUGAUACUUUGGUGCUGCAUUUUGUUCAGUUAUGGAGCAUCAAGGCUGUUGAUGCCUUCUGGCUUUUGAAGCCAGUCACAACUUUUAUUUUGUGCUAUUCAUUUAUCUUCCAAGCGUUAAUGAUAGCACUGUAAAUAGUUGAUAUGAUAUACGUUAAACAGAUUUUGUUCUUUCUGCUCCGUUCUUCCUAAUGACUUGGCCUUCUCCCUUGUCUUUGAAAAAAUGACUUGAUGCCUUCAUACAUUGGCAAUGUUUCUUGUUUGAAACAGUCCUCCACAUUUCUCAUUUAAUCAAAGAUUUCACCUCCUGAGGUAGUGAAAUGCUGCUCCCAUGUGUUUAAGCCCAGUAAGCAAAAUUAUAAGAUUGUAUUAUUUCAUAAUUACAAAGAAGAUUUCAACUAUUAGUUGAUUUCUGGUUUUUAGUGUUUUACCCAUUUAGUUGGGUGUAUAUCAGUUGGCCGGAACUGUUUAAUUAGUUCAUUCAGUCAGCAGAAACCGCAUAGUGUUAAUGAAUUUGUGCUGCCUCCUGCAAAGUGUUGAUGUAGAUUUGUUAGGAGAAAGCAAUGACAUAUUUACUAAUUGAACACUAAGGUUUAGAUGAUAUUUUAUUGUGAAUGACUAAUGUCAAGGGAUGUGCAUUUUCCUCCCCACCUUACAUUCUUGCAUUCUCACUCCCUUUCAGGCUGUCCUUCCAAUUUCAAGUGUCGAACUAGAUCUUCCCUACUGCACAUCUCUUGUGAUGCUUUGCUAUUGUUUUAAUAACUAUUUUAUGUGAAGUGUUCUCCCUCAAAGCAUUUGGUUUUGGCAUGAAAGUAGGGCCUACUUCAUGGUUAUGGUUGUGGAGAGGUUCUUAUGUAUUAUGAGCAAUAUCACAAUGACCUGUGCCUUUCAUUUUUUUAAGAACUGGUAUAUGAAUCAUUUGAAACCAAAAUUUUUGGAACUCUCGAAAUAUUUGUAUUUUAAUUUCUUAAGAACACGACAAAAAAGUUCCUAAUCAGAGAAUAUACCUUGUUUUUGGAAUAGUGCUGGUAAUGUGACAAACUUAAAUUUUUUGUAAAACUUGGUGAAAAAGCUCUUUACUACACUUGUUGUGGUGGGUGUGGAAUUACCCUAGAGUCUAUUCUGAGCUUUGCAUCAAUGAAAAAGUAUAGAGGUUGUAAUGGUAUAGUGAGAUGGACAUGAUCAGUUUGGUGUAGUGCUGUAUUCUGGUCUGGUGCCCAAAAGAAUUGUAUACUUGUUAAUUUGUCAUUACUGUUUUAUACAGAUUUUAUUUAUCACAUUUUGUUAGUUUAGCUAAUUUAAAAACUUAAUGGAAAGGAAUCAAUUUUUCACGCAAGGCCAACAUGCUAAACAAAGCAACAUUUAUUAGGUAUUGUACCCAUUGUUUGUAGAAGAGUUCGAUGAUUUACAAUCUAUUGGGCAAUACAGUAUUUGUUUCAAAUUUUAUUCAAGCAAUUAGGUUUCAUGACUGACUGAUUUUAUUAAUUGGUAUAGGUUUUUUUUUGUACCUACUUUAGUUUGACAUUUUAUUGACUCGCCCAGUAUCUGAAAUGACCUAAAUGCCUAGAGAAAUUGAAUAACUACUCCCCCCUGAAGUAAAUCAGCUUUGAAAACUUCUGAGCCCUUGUUGCAAUUCACUCAUAUCUUUAAGGAAGAAAAAUUGCACUAUAGGCUUUGCCUUGGACUGCCAAAGAGAUGUAGUCAACAUUUGAUUGCAAGAGGGAAGAUAUCUGACUUCAUCUAUUGAAGAUUUUCUUUUGCUUACAAUGUGAUGUCUGGUAGUAUGAGAUUUGCUCAAGCUCAGUUGUAAUUUCUGGUUGACCAUUGAGUCUCAUUCUUGACCAUGCAACUCAUUUGCUUAAUGUUGCUCAGCUCUUAAGUGUUGUUGUGUAAUGCCCAACAGUUGUUGGCUCUUCAGCAUUCAGUUUCUAUCUGUCUUUGUACUUUUAGCCCUGAUUUUGUCCUGUCAAAAUUAGCAGAGGCUGCAGAAGAACCUCCAACAGUGUGAAGAGACGUGCAGACACAUGACUAAUGCUAAGUGCGUGGGAUACCUGGGCUACAUGUUAAGCUGUGAACAUGCCAGCCAGUGUUUAAAGAAGAAAACAAAAAAAUAAAUAAAAAUAAUUGAGUAAACAAAAUAGAGGGAGGGAAGAGAUAGACAGCAAAAAGCUGAAGUGUUAAGUGGUUUUUCAGGUAAGUGGAAUGGCUUUUUCCUAUUUGUGAAAGGAAAAAUUAAAGGUCUGCAAUGCAGGAGCACCUCUGUUCCAAAACUCUUGCUCUCACACAACUGAUUCAUGUUACAGUAUAAUAUGCAGAUUAAUGUGAUAGACAACUAUCGUGAUUUUUGUGUAAUGAGUUGGCUUUAAACAUGUUAUUUCUGUGCAACUGCAAGAAAGAUCGCAAAAUUGGUUAAAGUCGUAGCAGACUGUUUUCUAACGUGCUGAUAUGUGGUGUAUAAAGAGUUAUUGACUUUGUGAUACAUUGUUUGUAAAUAAUGACAUUUGUACUGUAAAUACCAGCCAAUUUAUUUGUAUGAGUGAAAUGCAAUGAAUCUAAAAUCA